ACCCGGAAGAGGUAGCGGGGUGCCGGCGGUUUACUCAGCGUUGGCCCUCCGAGGGCUCGCAGCCCAGGGGGCGUCGACGUGCGGCGCCGCCGCUCCGGAGCCCGCAGGUUCGCUGACAGGCUUGUUCUGCCACCAUCAUGUCUUGGUUUGUUGAUCUUGCUGGAAGGGCAGAAGAUCUUUUAAACCGAGUCGAUCAGGGGGCUGCAACCGCUCUCAGUAGGAAAGAGAGCACUAGCCACGUCGUGUACAGCACAGACCCUGACUAUGCUGAGCUGCCCCAGCGGAACGCGGAGCUGGCCUAUCAGACUGGACCCAAAGCUUACAUCUCCUCAGCAGCUGAUCACAUUCGCAGUCAGAAAGCCACCAUCUUAGCUGGCACCGCAAAUGUGAGAGUGGGCUCUUGGGCCCCGGCGGAGGCCUCCCACCCUGUUGAGAACGUGUCUGCUCCCAGGCCUUCUUCCCAGUUCGUUCGAAGAAGAAAGUCGGAGCCUGACGAUGAGCUGCUGUUUGAUUUUCUUAAUAGUUCACAAAAGGAGCCCUCCGGGAAGGUGGAAAUCAAGAAGGAAAAGACCAAGACUCCUGUCUUUGCGAGCUCUCGGGCCUCCGGCGUCAGCCCUGGGAACACCAGCGGAACCGUCAGAACCACCGAAGAGAGUGCAGGGAGCCAAAGCCAUGAAGCCGCCAAUAGUGUAGAUUCUGCACCCGGACAGCAAGAGGAGUCUUCAAAGGACGACGCGUCCUCGGCCGCUGCCAGCACUGACCACAGUGCAGCGCCGAGCGACGACAGCAAGUCCCACGAGCUGUCCAACCUGCGCCUGGAGAAUCAGCUGCUGAGGAACGAGGUUCAGUCUCUAAAUCAAGAAAUGGCCUCCUUACUCCAGCGGUCCAAAGAGACGCAAGAAGAAUUAAACAAAGCCAGAGCAAAGGUUGAAAAGUGGAACGUUGACCACUCAAAGAGUGAUCGAGUGACACGGGAGCUCCGAGCCCAGGUGGAUGACCUGACUGAAGCCGUGGCUGCCAAGGACUCCCAGCUGGCCGUGCUGAAGGUCAGACUCCAGGAAGCCGACCAGCUGCUGAGUGCUCGCACGGAAGCUUUGGAAGCCUUGCAGAGUGAAAAGUCCCGGAUAAUGCAGGAUCACCACGAAGGCAGUAGCCUGCGCACUCAAGCUCUGCAGACUCUGCAGGAGAGGCUGCACGAAGCAGAUGCCGCUCUGAAGAGAGAGCAGGAGAGCUACAAGCAAAUGCAGAGUGAGUUUGCCGCACGUCUGAGUAAAGUGGAAGCGGAGCGUCAGAACUUGGCGGAGGCAGUUACGGUGGCCGAGAGAAAGCACGCGGAGGAGAAGAAGAGAGGUGACGAGCUGCAGCAGCAAGUCAGGCUGCACAAGGCGAGCGCGGAGUCCUCGAAGCAGGAGCUGAUUGACUACAAGCAGAAGGCAACGAGAAUACUGCAAUCUAAAGAAAAAUUGAUUAACAGCUUAAAGGAAGGCUCUGGAUUUGAAGGCCUGGACAGCAGCACCGCUAACAGCAUGGAACUGGAGGAACUUCGGCACGAGAAGGAGAUGCAGAGGGAGGAGAUACAGAAGCUGAUGGGCCAGAUCCACCAGCUGAGGUCUGAGUUACAGGACGUGGAGGCCCAGCAGGUCAGUGAGGCAGAGGUGGCAAGAGAGCAGCUACAGGAGCUGCAGGAGCAAGUAACUGCUCAGAGAGCGUCCAAACAAGAGCUGGAGACGGAGCUGGACCGGCUGAAGCAGGAGUUCCACUACAUAGAAGACGAUCUGUAUCGAACAAAGAACACGUUGCAGAGCAGAAUCAAGGAUCGAGAAGAAGAAAUUCAGAAGCUCAGGAAUCAGCUCACCAAUAAAGCCCUGAGCCACAGCAGCCAGUCCGAGUUAGAGAACCGCCUCCACCAGCUGACGGAGACCCUGAUCCAGAAGCAGACCAUGCUGGAGAGCCUGAGCACCGAGAAGAACUCGCUGGUCUUCCAGCUGGAGCGCCUGGAGCAGCAGAUGAGCGUGGCCCCGGGCAGCUCCAGCAACGGCUCCUCCAUUCACAUGCCGGGAGUGGACAGCGGCGAAGGCACACGUCUGCGAAAUGUUCCUGUUCUUUUUAACGACACAGAGACUAACCUGGCAGGAAUGUAUGGAAAAGUUCGCAAAGCCGCCAGCUCCAUCGACCAGUUUAGCAUCCGCCUGGGAAUCUUCCUGCGGAGGUACCCCGUGGCCCGGGUGUUUGUCAUCAUCUACAUGGCUUUGCUUCAUCUCUGGGUCAUGAUUGUGCUGCUGACUUACAGCCCGGAAAUGCACCACGACCAGCCCUACGGCAAGUGACCUGGGCCAGUCGUCUCUUAGACGUGGAAGCUGCAGAAGGGCCACCUGCCUGGAGUUCCUGGGGAGGUGCAAAGAUUUGUUUUAUCACUACAAGCUCUUAUCUUUUUAAGUUAUUAUACAAGUCCUCCACUGCUAGAUCUUCCUCUUCUUUCUUUCAAAUGGCAAGAGUUUCUGAAACAGAGACAGUAAUUUAAUAAGCUCAGCUCUGGUUUUCCUGGGUUCAGUGGUCCUUAUAUAUAUAUAUAUAUAUAUAUAUAUAUAUAUUUAUAGAGAGAGAGAGAAAGAGACAGACAGAUGGCUACUGGGUUGGUUCCCCUGUGUACAUAUCUUCCUGGAUUUUAGGUGACACUGAUUAUGGGCUAAUAAUCAGGGAAACUAAUUGUACUUAGUGAAAAAAAUAAAAAGUUUUCUCUUUUGAUAAUUCAGUUGACUUUUGUACUUUCAUAUAUUUAACUUUGCAAGUAGAGGUUUGCUUUGUACAUGUUAAAGGCCUACUUGGUGUAAAUCUUU